AUGGCGAGCAAGGCCAAGAUUGCCCUCAUACAGAUGCAUCCGAAGGUCGGGAAUCCCCAGAAUCACCUUGAAGCGGCUAGCUUAUCCUCGACGGCAUUGGUCGCCGUCUUCUCAUACCCCGCCCCUCGCGCUGUCUCGCCAGAAGACAACUUUCGCAAAGCAGAGUCCUACAUACGCAACGCCGCCUCGCAGGGUUGCGCGCUCGCCGUACUGCCCGAGUACCAUCUCACGUCGUGGGCGCCGGAUCAUCCCGACUUCGUGCUGAGCUGCGAGCAGUCUGGUUCCUACCUUGGGAGUUAUCAGGCUCUAGCCAAGGAACUGAGCAUUUCCAUUGUUCCUGGCACCAUAGUGGAGCCGGAAGGUGAGGGAGACGACCUAGACUUGAUCAACGCCGCGUACUUCAUCGGACCAGACGGCGCCAUCCUCGGACGCUAUGAGAAAAAGAACCUAUGGCACAAUGAGCGGCCACAUCUGACCAAGGGUCCUCAACCACAUGGGGCGUUUGAUACGCCGCUUGGCCGGGCCGGACUGCUCGUCUGUUGGGAUCUGGCAUUCCCCGAGGCGUUCCGGGAGCUGAUUCGUGACGGUGCGAGGAUCAUCGUCUGUCCCGCGUUCUGGAUGGCGGACGAGUACAAGCGCGGUGGCUCCGGCGAAGUGGUGAACCGUGAUUCGGAGAAGGUGUUCCUAGAGAACGUGCUUGUGGCGAGGGCGUUUGAAAACACAGCGGCAGUGGUGCUUGUCAAUGCUGGCGGGCCGGAGGGCGGGGUUGAGAGGAGGUGGGAUGGGUCGCAGUUGAGGUAUUGCGGUGUCAGCCAGGUCGCGAUGCCUCUCAUCGGAUCCAUCGGGAAGUUGGGCGCAGAGGAGGCAGUGAGCAUUGUCGAAGUUGACCUGGGCUUGCUGGACGUUGCUGAGGGGGCUUACAAGGUGAGAGAGGACAUGCAGAAGGAAGGCUGGCAUUACGGGUACUCAAUCACCAAGGAGUGA